AAGAUAGGCAAGAUAAAAGUAAGAAUUGGAUUAGGAAGCAAGGGAUAAAUAAUAUUACGGUAUCACUCAAAGCAAAUAGGAAGAUUUGUGAUAACAAGUAAAGAAUUGAUUACUUUUACACUAAACCUAGCAAGGAAUCAAUUUCUACACAUUAUUUAAAGAGAACAAGAUGCAUGAAAAAAUUAUCACAUGCACACCAAAAAAACAUAAUUAAGCUUGUAUUAAAUCAUUGCCCAAUAGAACAAACCAGUUUCAAUUUAGUGAACUUCAUAUUGAAUUGUAUCACCUCUUUCUCUAUUUAAUCCCCACAAAAAAAAAAAAAAAAAAUGGUAGAUUUAACCGUAGAUGUUAUAAAAGCAACAACCCAAUAUGUUGCUGCUCAAGCUUGGGAAGAGAUAAGUCUUGCCCAUGGUUUUGAAGGUCACCUCAAAAAUCUGAAGGAAAAGUUCAAUGACACUCAAGCGUUCCUACAAGAUGUAGGAAGUGCAAAUGAUGUAGCGAAAAGCGAGCGUGUGAAACGUUGGCUUCAAAAAGUGAAGGAUAUCACUUACUUUGCCGAUAAUGUCAUGGAUGACUACGACUAUGAGAUUCUACGCAGGGAGAUCGAGCAGGGUAAGAACCUCACACGCAAAAAAAAGGUGUGUAAUUUCUUCUCUUGCUCGAAUAAUCCUAUAGUUUUCCGCUUUCGGAUGACUCACAAGGUACUUGAGAUUAUUUCCAAGUUUGAUGAGGUAGAUCAGGAGGCUAAGAGAAUAGGUCUCAUACAAAGAGAUCUAGACAAGGAGGCACUCUUUAGUUAUGACGAGAGGACACACUUGGAGCAUAUUCGGAAUAAUUCAAGUGCUGAAUUAAUUGGGAGGAAGGCAGAUAAGCAAAAAUUGCUCGAAAUGAUGUGUAGUCAUGAUGAUGAUAAGGAACAUCUCUCAAUCGUUGCCGUCGUUGGUCUUGGAGAUUUGAAGAGUUGGAAAGACUUCCUGAGGGGAUAGGCACUCUCGAAGAAAUGCAGUUAUUCUUUUGCACGAAGCUGAGACAUCUACCUGCCAAAAAGCAUAUUCCCCAAAAUCUCAAAAUAAUCGUCAUUUACAGUUGUCCAGUUUUGAAAGAAAGAAUAAGUGACAAAGAUGAUGGGCCUGAUUCUGGAUCUGAAUGGAAAAAAAUCUCACAUGCUCCGUAUAUUGAGAUCGAUCAUGAAAUUAUACAAGACACCAGAAAAUGAUGAUGGAGCAUGGAGUCUGCUUGGAUCAUUCGAUUAAAUCAUACGAUCGAUGAGGCGUUGAUGGUGGUGUUGCAACUGAUCGAAAAUGAAGUCAACACACUCAUCGACAUACAAACUCUAGACCCGAAGAUAAUCGAGGCGGAGGCUGUGGUGUUGUGCUCACAAAUGGAUACAAAAUUGAUUGUCGUAGAAGGAGAAUGAUGCAAGUGAUAAAUAAAUUCAAGAAUUGGACUUGUUUGUGAUGGCUCUUGAGUGUAAUUUAUGAGACAACUAUAUAUGUUAGUUAAUUUAUUUGUU